CUUGGCAUCCUUAUCUGCUGGAUGAGUAAUGCGGAAGAACCCCAGUGAUGCAGGCUAAGAAAACAGAGAGGACUCGUGAUAUUUGUGGCCGAGACAUUUGUUUAUCUGGGAGAUUACAUUAAGGACCGACAAGAUGCCGGCAUGUGUGAGUUUGGAGACUCAGAUUUCCACCGUGAUGGAGAGUCUGACCCGAGUGGCGGUGGUGGAGAUCUGUAAACUGAUCAACACCGAGUGCGUAGAGAUGCGCUUAGAGAUCCGCAGGAGCCAGAAAGAGAUCGAGUCUCUGAAAGGAAAAAUACUGGAUCUGAAAAGAGAAGCACAAAACCCGUCGUUGGUCGCGGUGUCUUUAACCGAACCUCAGGCAAAUCGGCGAAAUGAAGAUAACAGAUUUGAUGAUCUCAGCACAGUGCCUGAUUGUCAGAAUGAAGAACAGGGAAAGAAAACAAAUAACUCCGCACCAGUGAAGAACCUACAGGAGAACGAGGUUCAAGGAAGCAGGAAUUCUCUCCAAAAUUCUGGGAGUAAACAAAGUCAGUUUUGCCCAUCUCAAAGCGGAGUUCAGUUGAAAGAGUCCCAGAUCCUUAUGGACUCCUUGACCACUGAAGCUAUAGCUGACAUUCAAGGACUGAACACCAUGUCUGUAAAGGUGGAGGGCAUGAGUCCACCUGUCUCCACAGCCAAGUGCGUCUCAGAGGUCUAUCAAUCUGACCGUAAGCAGUGCACAAACACACACAGCCAUUCAGCCGGAGACAGCAGUAAUCAGUUUGGCUCUGCAGAAGAGCUUUGUCCACAAUCUCAUUAUUCAGCUCAUUUCCAUAACAAACAGCUCCCUAAAGAAGACAUGAACUACAAAUAUGGUACAGACUUUAAUCAGAUAAAUGGCCAUCAGAGCAAUGAAGGGAACACUAAUGGAUUGCUUCUAAAGACUGAGGAGAACGAGGAGCCUUUAACCAAGCCAAGAAAUGAACUGGCACCGUGUGAAAUGAUGAACAGCGAGGCUUUGUCUUGGCCAUCAUGUGCUUCGGUUAACUUUCCAGUAAGUGGUGGAGGUCCAGGCUGCUCUUCCAUGGUACAACAGGCUAUACAUGCUUCUCACUCUGAACACCCUGCAUUUCAUCUCAGCAUGACCGGUGAGGUUGAGUAUACAAUUGAGCCUGAUGCAAAACAGGCAGGAGGAAGAACUAUACAGGACAUGAUUCAAACCACAACACUUAGACAGAGCGCUACAGUGUCCACAAUGCUAACAAAAGCGAAGGCUCUGCCAAUAGCUGAUAUGCGGCAUAAGCUGUUCACCUGCUCUUUCUGUCCUAAGAGUUUCCAGAGUGGUGCUGAUCUGAAGAGACAUCAGCGCAUUCAUACAGGCGAAAAGCCGUAUGGCUGUGCUGUGUGUGGGAAGCGCUUUUCUCUCAGAGGCAACCUCGUCACCCAUGAGAGGGCGCACAGUGGCAGCAAGCCCUUUAUUUGCUGCCAGUGUGGGAGAGCCUUCGCCCAUGGGUCCAACUUAAGGGCUCAUCAGCGUGUUCAUACUGGAGAAAGGCCUUUUCACUGCUCUCUAUGCGACAAGACGUUUGCAUGGUACUACCCUUUCAAAAGGCAUCUCAGCUUGCACUUUCUGAAUGGUCAAAACUCGUGAUAACAUUUGUGUUUUUGUAAAUAACAUCUAUGAUGCCCGGUACUGUCUUGCAAACCAUCACAAGCUUUGAAACUAAAAUGAGCACUUGGUACUGUUUGUACUUCAAUGUGACAGUGGUUGUGUUUUUGAUUUGAUUUAAUUUUUUUAAAGUAAGCUUACAGCAUGAAAUGGGAAGUCUAUAUAAUAUGCUACAAAAGGCCUAGAAUGAGUGUCUUAGUUUGUUAGAGAACACUAUCAUACAUUGAAUAACCUAAUAAACAUGACUAAUGAACAUA